AACAGCGACUGCAGCCACCUGUCUCGACUAUCCUUCGGAAUCUGCGUUUGCCUACACGUUAUCUUCUUCUUCCUUUACUCUCUUACCUAUACGCCCCGAAAGACACUUCAAAUCCAGCAAAUAUGGCCGGCGAUCCGCGAGCUUUGCUGCGUCAGGCAGAAGCGUCGCUACAGAAGGCCUCUGGAGGGUUCAGCUUCUUUGGAGGGCGACAAGACAAGUAUGAGGCAGCUGCGGACCAGUUUAUUGCUGCAGCAAAUGCGUUCCGGAUGCAGAAGAUGGGCAAGGAAGCUGGCGAGGCUUUUGAGAAAGCAGCAACAGUACAACGCCAACAGCUGAACGAGCCCGACGACGAGGCAAAUACACUCACAGAAGCCUUUAAGGCCUACCGAAAGGACGAUCCGGAGGCAGCAGCGCGGUGUUUAGACAAAGCUAUCGCCCACUACUGCAGCAAAGGCAAUUUUCGCCGCGCAGCCACCCACAAGCAGAACCUCGCCGAGCUUUACGAAGUCGAAUUGGGUGAUAACACACGCGCAGCAGCAGCAUAUGAAGAGGCUGCUGGCUGGUUUGAAAGCGAUAAUGCCGAAGCUCUCGCCAACAAGUUGUGGCUAAAGACAGCGGAUCUCGUAGCACUAGAUGGCAAAGACUACUACAAGGCCAUCGAGCUGUAUGAGAAGGUCGCCAAGACAUCCAUUCAAAACAACCUCAUGCGCUGGUCCGUCAAAGAAUACCUGCUCAAGGCGGGUAUCUGCCAGCUUUGCACAGGCGAUCAAGUUGGCGUGAACAGCGCGCUUGAUAGGUACAGGGAGCUAGAUCCAAGUUUUGUUCAGCAGCGAGAGCAUCAGUUACUCACCGAUUUGGCGGCUGCUGUACAGGAUGGUGAUCAAGAGGCUUUUGCCGAUAAGUUGUUCCAAUUCGACCAGUUGAGUAAGCUAGACAAGUGGAAGACGACUUUGCUUUUACGAAUCAAGAACGCCAUCGAGGAGGGAGGCGAGGAUUUCUCUUAGAGGGAGUAUAGAGGGCUUUUGCAAUGCGUAAAUGAUAUAUGCGACCUAGAAUGUCUGAACAUAAGUGGGAUGACUAUAAGUGUUCAUGGACUGCUUGUUCUGUGCGGGG